GUGGUCCCGUGCGAUGAACAAGUGAAUUGCGCGAGAGACGAGCUGACGGAAUCCGGAAUUCGGAAUCACGGGUUGUUCGAACCGCACCGCAAUCGGUAAUUCGGGUGGAAAACUUAAAAUUCGGUACAUUUUCAAAUCGCACAGCCUGGAUUUUCGGCUGGUGAGCAGCUGUUGGCCGGAAUAGGCUGGCUGGCUGGACCGUGUAUUAGCAGCAUCCGCAGAAAUAUCGAAACUCCCCUCCGCCACGUGUGUUUUAGGCCGACACGGAUGCGGGUCGGUGGCAUCCAUCGCGGACGCUGAUGCGAAAAACGCAAACGGCUUACAUUUAUUAUGCAAACGGGACGACACCGAAGCAACAACAACGAAUGAGCGGAGCGGUACAGAAAAGGAGAGCACGGAGAACAACAGACAAACGAUAAAAAAACGUUCUUGAAACCACACAUCUUAACGAAAAAAAAGACCUCCAGCAACGGUACAAAAGAGCGAAAGGAAAACGAAAGUGAGAAAUCAUAUCGGCGGCCGUUAAAAAACUGGAAAGCGCUCAUCCUCUCCUCUUCUAUCCCCCAAACUCUUCUUUUCUAUUCUAUUCUCUCCUCUACACUCUACUCUCCUCUCGUGUUUUCCUUCUCCUUUUUUUUUUGUUUUGUUGUACACAGACAACGAAAAAUUUGUCAUCGCAGCGGCGGAGCGGAGAAGAACAAAAGGAACGCAUCUCGUGGUGUUUGCAGGGGGGAAAAGCAUCACACAAAGAGGAUAGAAAGAACGAAAUAAUAAAACACCGAGUGCGGGCGAGAAAGAGAAGGAACAACCCUGAGCCCCCAGCUCAAUGUCCUACCCCCGCUGGAGACGACACGACGACGCACUCACGCGCACGUGUCGGGGCGCAUAAGCUUCGCACUUGACUUGAACAUUAAACGCGUAGGGCUCUGCUCAGCCCCGCUGCCAGUCGCCCUCCCCUCACCGCCCCUCGUGCGUUAUGGAAAUUCUGGAGGCCUAUAUCGUCGUACUGCUCCUAUCGGCCCCGGCCACGGUCCUGCUGUCCUGCCGCGGUGUUGUACCGCCUCCUCCUCCUUGCCACCAGCAGGCUGUAAAAUGCUGAAAAAAUCUCCAGCCUUUCCACGCAAUUUUUGACAGCUGUCAACGUGCGCUCAGCCUCACUGUGUGAGUAGCGUGUGUGUGCGUGUGUGUGGAGGUGGGUGGUGUGUGUGCCGUGUGUGGCAUAGUUAUUUCCACUUGGGCGGCAAGGUCAACGGCACACGAAAAUUUAAAAGCAACGCCAGAGCCGCCAAAAAAACAAACCGAAAAGCAUGUCUAGGACUCGCAGGAACAGGAGCAGGAGCAGGACAAGGAGCAACAGCAACAGCAUCGGCAUCGGCAGCAGCAGGAGAAACCCACAUCCCACAUCCGUCGCCUCGAUUCCGUUGCAAAAAUGCUUGAGAAAUAUGUCGCCACAUACUAUGUGCGUGUGUGUGAGCAAGUGAAAUUAAAAUUCCCGCAUGCCUAAUGAAUUCUCCAUCCGAAAUAUGUGCCCCAAACGUUUGACGCACGUCCCCGCCGCAGCAGCCGCAGCCGCCUGUAUCUGUGUUCGUGUUGCGCGAAUGUCUCCGCAUCUGUGAAAGUGUACGUGUAUGUGUGUGUGUGUUUGUGUGUGUAAGCAAAAACAACAGUUAAAAAACAAUGGUUAACUAAACCAAGAGAAAGAGCAGAAGAUAAAGAAAGAAAGAGCUAAGAAAGGAAAGCACAAGUGAAAACUAAGGCAAAGAAACAGCUGGGAAAUACUUGGUAAUUUUUGGCGAAAAGGCACUGGCACUGGCACAGGCACAGGCACAGGCAUGCCAAGAGACAUGCACAGGCAUGUCCUCAAAUGGGAAUCACUAUCGUUUUUGGGAUUUGAGUGGAAAGGGCCGAGAGAACGAGGUCGUGGCUGAGGCUGAGCCACAGCCAGAGCCAGAGAGGGCGGAGAGUGAGGCUUUGAGACGCAGCUAAAAGGAGCAGCCAGCAGCCAGAAAACAGAAGCAUCCUUUGAAGAGUGAAAGAGUGAGAAGAGGAGUGGCUAGUGGCAAGCAUCCGCAUCCUAAACAACAAUCUGGAGGGCAUGUCCACAGCCAAAAGGCUGGUGCUCUCGCUACGUGGACGCAAGAACUCGCAGGGCAAUUCGGCAACAUCAUCCACCCGUCUGGUAUCCGCUGGCACCUCGCCCGGCCAUGAGCUGGAGGAAAUAGCCGUAGUAUCUGGUACCGGCACCAGCAGCCACCACUUCUCCUAUGGCGGGUGUAUUGCCAGCAGCGAUGCCGCCGCCUCCACGCCGCGAUACUCCACAGCUGAUUCGGCGACGUCCAAGUCCAAGGCAAGGGCUACGCCCAGCCUGAGGCGCGACGCUGCCAUCGAUACCGAUGCCGAAGGGACAAAUGUGGCAGAUGACUAUGACAAUGACAAUGACAAUGGCCUCCACAUCGAUGUCAAUAGGGAUGCUGAUGAUGAUGAACGAUGGCCCAAUGCCCGGCCCCAGGCUCCCCCUAGCACUAGCAUUCGCAAUCGCACUCAUGCACCCGCUGAUACGGCCAGUGACAGGCCGCAGACCAGAACAACAAUAGCAAUUCGUCAGAACAGCAACAUCUGCAGCAACACCAACAGAACUACAACUGCAACUGCAACUGCAACAGCCACUUCUUAUAGAUUAGCGCCGAGAGCCAGCUUCCCGGAAAUCAUGCAGCCCCGUCUAUCCCUCAACGGGUUGCUGAACCCCUCGCUGAUGCCCUCGCCCCGACCGCUGUACCGGGACCACAGCUCGAGGUCCAUCAAUCCGCUGACCGCCUACGAGCAGCAGAUGGCCGAGCUUGAUGGAAGUUUCUAUGCCAGCAAUGCUGGCUAUCUGGGCGCCGGGAUGGGUGGCAGUGCUGGCGGUGCCACAACUUGCACGAAUCUGACGGUGGGCGGCGGCUCGAGUGGCGCGCCCAGUGGGGGUCUGUCACACGGUGGUGGUGCCAUUGGUGGUGGUAGUGCCGCCAUACACACAACCGAACUCUCAAUUACGCCCACAAUGGCCGCCGAUGAGCAGUUCAUCGAUCUGGGGAGCCUGCGUCGCUUCUCGAUCGAUCGCCAGAGCUUUCUCGAUCUAGGACCAAAGUUUGGCAUGUCCCAGCCGAAAUUCGGCCAGAGCGUCUCGCAACAAGGUUUCUUCACGUCGCACGACAGCCUGGCCACACCAUGCGCCUCCCGAGCCUCCAACUCUCAAAUGGCCACCGUAAGCACUGCCUCCGAAAUGGAUCUACUGCACAACAAGCAACGCAACAAGUCGCGUGGCCGACUGAAAACAACAGCCAGCGGCGACCAGCCGCUCCUGGGGGGCACGGGCACCUGGAACCGGUCAAUGGGCCGCGGCUCACAGGAUAACACACUGGCCGGCGGUGGAGCCACCAGCAUACCCAUGGGAGGGCACACUCAAUACGGUGGCAACUACUGCAACGGCACAGAUCGCUACCCGCGUUCACGAUCACAGCACCAGCAGCCACACCAUAAUGCUGCCCCAGCCCCGCACCGCUAUCAGCUGCAGCAUUCGAUAUCCGCGGCGACGCACCAGCGACACUCACACGGAACGUCCUCACAGGGAGGCGAUGGCUCGGGGCACCACGGUGGCCAAUCCCAUCAAGCACACCAUGGAGGCGGCGGUUGUGGAGCCGGGUCACAAGGAGGACAACCACACCACAAGAAGCCGCAUCGCACCGCCUCGCAGCGAAUUAGAGCGGCCACGGCGGCCCGUAAGCUUCACUUUGUGUUCGAUCCGGCGGGGCGGCUGUGCUACUACUGGUCCAUGGUGGUGUCCAUGGCCUUUCUGUACAACUUCUGGGUGAUAAUCUACCGCUUCGCCUUCCAGGAGAUCAAUCGUCGCACGAUUGCGAUCUGGUUCUGUCUUGACUACUUGUCGGACUUCCUCUAUCUGAUUGACAUCUUUUUUCACUUCCGCACCGGCUAUCUGGAAGACGGGGUGCUCCAGACAGAUGCCCUGAAGCUGCGGACCCACUACAUGAACUCGACGAUCUUCUACAUCGACUGCCUGUGCCUGUUGCCGCUGGACUUUCUCUAUCUGUCCAUUGGCUUCAACUCGAUUCUGCGCAGCUUCCGGCUGGUCAAGAUCUACCGCUUCUGGGCCUUCAUGGACCGCACCGAGCGGCACACGAACUAUCCGAACCUCUUCCGCUCGACGGCCCUCAUCCACUAUCUGCUUGUGAUAUUCCACUGGAACGGCUGUCUCUACCACAUCAUCCACAAGAACAACGGCUUCGGGUCCCGCAACUGGGUAUACCACGACUCCGAGUCGGCGGACGUAGUGAAGCAGUAUCUGCAGAGCUACUACUGGUGCACUCUGGCCCUCACAACCAUCGGAGACCUGCCCAAGCCGCGCUCCAAGGGCGAGUAUGUGUUUGUGAUAUUGCAAUUGCUAUUUGGCCUGAUGCUCUUUGCCACGGUCCUCGGCCAUGUGGCCAACAUUGUGACGUCUGUGAGUGCAGCACGCAAGGAGUUUCAAGCCAAGCUGGACGGCGUCAAGACGUACAUGCGGAUGCGACGUGUCCCGAAUCAUCUGCAGGUGAAGGUCAUCAAAUGGUUCGAUUACCUGUGGCUCACGCAAAAGUGCUCGGACGAGGAGCGCGCCGUGUCCUGUCUUCCUGAUAAAUUAAAGGCUGAAAUAGCAAUUAACGUCCAUUUAGAUACACUUAAGCGGGUUGAGAUUUUUCAAAAUACCGAAGCUGGUUUCCUCUGCGAGUUGGUGUUGCGCCUGAGGCCAGUGCUCUUCUCGCCCGGCGACUACAUCUGCAGAAAGGGCGAGGUGGGCAAGGAGAUGUACAUUGUGAAUCGUGGACGAUUGCAGGUUGUGGCCGACAAUGGAAAGACGGUGAUGGCCUCACUGAAGGCUGGUUCCUAUUUUGGCGAGAUUAGUAUACUCAAUAUGGGCACAGCAGGUAAAGAACUUGGCAACAGACGCACAGCCAGCGUUCGUUCCGUGGGUUACAGCGACCUGUUCGUGCUGAGCAAGAAGGACAUGUGGGACGUGCUGAAGGAGUAUCCGGCGGCGCGUGUACGUCUGGAGUCGAUAGCCGUCAAGCGCUUGGAGAAAUACAAGAAGGCGCCACUAGAAAAAGUCAAAUACUUUAAUAUAGUUGCCAUGGGCCGGUGCCAGUCGACGCCGGGUUUGGUCGAGAGCUGUGGCCGCACCUCGCUCGAGGACAUGUGGCUGCCCCCAGCGCCAACUCCACCAGCCCCACUGGUGCAUCAUCCCCUGACACACCAGCAACAUCAUCAGCAGCACCAACCGCUACAUCAGCACCAGCAGCUGGCGACGCAGCAGUCCUCACAACAGCACGGGUACAGUCCUCGAAGCUAUGCGGACCGUCUGGUUCGCGCCACAGACUCGCCCAGAUCGGUCAGCCCCAGUGCCCAUGGCUCCGAGGAGCGUCCCCGCAGUCGGGCCGCCUCACAUCACUCGAUUCGACCCCAAUCGCAGCCCAGCCACACAGGUCACAUCUGCGACUCCAGCUCGCAACUAGAGUGCUAUGGAGCGGGCGUGGGUGCGGUUGGGGGAGGCACAACCCCUCUACUGGGCUCCCACGAGGCACUCGAGGACGAGAUCAAGCGGUUGAGAGAACGCCUGCAUACGGUGGAGUCGGAGAACCAGGCUCUGAACACGAAGCUCUCGCAACAGCAGUGGGACCUCGAGAAUCGCCUGGCCGAGAUCGAGAUGCAGAUCUGUGGAGUGUCGUCCACAUCCAGCGUGGAUCCGGAGAACGAGACGGAGGAGCUGGAGCGGAAUCGAGAGAGUAUCAUAUAACACGGGAGCGUGCUGCCCCAUCAGCCGAUCGGAGCAGCAGCAGCUAUACAGCAGCACCAGAAACCAGCAGUCGACCAGGAGGCCGUGACGCUAGAACAGUCGGAGCGGAUUGAAGUUGGGACACAGACCUAUGACAAAUGCAGCUCUUUAUAGGAUAGGUCGAAAGCAAGAGAGAUAGAGGGGGCGGAAUACAUCACCCAAGAUGUUCAAUUAAAAUCUUUUAUGAUGAAGCGACUCACAACACCAAAAAAAAUAAUGGCACUGCCUCAGAAAAUUGUUCAGCCGCCACCACCGCCGCUACAGAAACACACCCAACACCCAACUGGACUAUGCCCAGUGUACAUAUAUGAAUGGGAGUUACCACAAUAGAGAUCAAAAAUAUCCCACAACCUAGGUUAAGAUAUCCGAGUCCCCGAGAGAGAGCGGGGGAUCGUAAGUCGAUGAAUGUAUUGUAAUUAAGGACAUCGGAAAAGCUUUACUAGAUAAUCCGAAAAGAACUUUUCCCAGCCCAUAACUCGUUACACAAAACUUACACUUUUUCCAUACUAAGAACCAGAAAUAUACUCGUAUUGAUAUUUAUACAAUAUAGACAUCAUUAGUCCUAGACUUUUCGGCUAUUUUAAAGGAUACAUACUAGACAACCGAAACGGGUACCGAUUCUCCCAUUGUAAAUACUUUGCUCCAGGGCCUAACUAGAAUUAUUAUCGCUGGAUGGGAUGAAUGGGAUAAGAGAAUUAAGAAUAGAUCAUCUAGAAAAACUAAAAACUACAAGAUUACUUUAACUCAUGAGUGUAACAAAAUUAAUAAUUAUAUAUAAACAUAUACAUACAUAUAUCUAUUGUAAUAUUUGCUAAUUGUAAUUCGAAAAAAAAGAAAACUAACUAGAUGUGUAUAUGGGAAACGAUUUACUUUAAAAUUGAAAAUAAUGCGUAAACAAUUUAUGAACAAACUAAGCGAAUAUUUGAAAAAUAUUUGUACUAUUGGAAAAGAACUGCCAGAGCAAAACACCACACAUAAAACACAAAUAAAAAUAAAAGAGAGGCAAUAUACAUAUAGCUAACAACCAAUACCAAACCCCAAGAAAUGUCUCUUAGCCAGAAUCAAUAAUUGAAUUAGUAUAAACGAGAAAACUCUUUUAAUGCAAUACUAAAUUGUACUACUAUAUGAUAUAUCUACAUAUUUAGACGGUAAGAAACUAAAGGUCUAAAUGUAUUAAACUUUAGUUAGCCGCCCCAUAGAACCCAAUCCCAAAACCAAACUGAAAACCAAUGCUGAAGAUUGUAGUCGACAAGAAAGAUAUUAAAAUAGAGGUAGAGGUAGAGAAGAGAUAGGGUUCUGUAGCAGUACGCAGAACGCAGUCUAGUCAUCCCCAUAAUAUGGGGGCCGCGAUGCGAAAGGAAGUUUCUUUAGCUGUAACUCUAGCUAUACUUAGUUAUACCAUUAGACGUGUACAACAGAAGACCAAAAGGAGAUCCGGAUCGCUUGAGAUUUUACUUCUGUGCUUCUACACGGAACACCAGAGAUGGUCUCGAUAAGGAAAUCUAAUAAAUAUAUACAUAGCUAACUUGAAUAAGAUUCUUAACUUUAGUGAGUGAGCAGGCGUUUGGAUAGAGAUGCGUUUGAGUAUCUGGAUAGGGAAACGAGAAUGGGGACGGUAACGGUAAUGGUAACUGAAACGGAACUCAUUUCAUUCUGACGUAAGGAUGAUAGGCCGCCAAAAGUUGAAACUCAAAAUUUUGUUAGGAUUCCUCCUUAGAUUUUUGUCCAUGAAGUAAACUUAAUUUCGACUACAUGUAAAUUCCUUUUCCAUAUUUUUCAACCUAAUUACAUUUCGGAAUAUCAAAUAAUGGAUUAAUAAUUAAUUAAUAAUUACAAUAAACAUCAAAUGGGGUUUCAUCUAAGACAAAAACAUAUACCAAUCCAAGAUGGAGUCAAACGAAGGCAGAGUACGAGUUUGAGAUACUUUAGUUAGCCAAUUAUUGCCAAAUUUGAAGUUGAAUAAUGUAAUUUAAUUGAAUUUUGAUGGCUUAUUAGCACGCUUAUCGCAGGACAGGACCUGGACCCUGUCACGUUUGUUAGAUUUAUUCCCAUUGAUUUCUCCGCAGUUUUCUGUUAGAGCGCAUACUACAAAUACAUAUAUCUGUUGUUGGGAAUACCCGUAUAAUACAAGGAACUACAUCGAUUUGGUUGUGUUGUUGAUGCAAAGUGUGGGCCAGGCUUGCUGGUACGUAAAGAGGUGGCUUGUGUAAUGACAAUUUUAUUAAAUUAAUUUUAUGCAUUGAGAUCUAUGUAUGUAUGAAUGUAACGGAGAAGAAAGAACAUUUAAAGCUUUUUUUUACUAUAAAUUAAUUAAUUAAUUUAUAAGAUUAAACAAUAAAUCAAAUCAGCAUUGACUUCAUAGCCAAACAAGACACGAACGAAACAAAUCGAAUUGAAAUGAAUGAAAUCUCGGUGAUGUUCGUUCAUUUUAUAAGAGAUCACCGAAAAUCAGAUCAGAUCGAAUCGGAUCAGUUUAGAGAAGGCCCCGAUUUGCAGCAGGUAAAUCGAGCUUAUUGUGUGAGCAUUUCAAAGCCGUUUACAUUGCUGAACACUCUAAAAUCUGAAAAGGGUAAAAUGAAAAAAAAA